UUUCUUUUUCCCCCUUCCCCGCACCUCUCCUUUUCUCCCCAUCCCCUACCUCCGCCGCCGCGCUCCGCCGGCCGCCUCCCGUUAUUACCAUCAUUAUUAUCACCACCACAAUUACCAUUCCCGCCGCCCCGCUGCCCCGCUCCGAGGCCACGAUGCUGCCGGCGCUGCUGUGGCUGCUGCUGGCCGCCCGCGCCGGCCGCGCCCGCGGGGCCGUGCGGCGCCUCGACCCGACCUACGCGGGGGGCGGCAGGGCGGGCUACGUGCUCUACGCCGGGGGACAGCGCUUCCUGCUCGACCUGGAGCGCGACGGGCCGCGCUGCCACUACCGCGGCACGGUGGACGGCAGCCCGCGCUCGCUCGCCGUCUUCAACCUCUGCGGCGGCCUCGACGGCUUCUUCGCCGUGGGCCGCUCCCGCUACACCGUGCGCCCGGCGCGCCGCGCUGCGCGCGGAGAGGCCGCGGCGCGGAUCUACGGCGACGGCCCGGCCCGCGCCCCUCACGUCUUCCGCAGGGAGAGCUUCAGCUUCGAGACGGUGCCGGCCCGCACCAGCUGCGAGACGCGGGACCCCGCCAGGCCGGCGGGCGGGGACGGGCGGCGGCGGCGGCGGCGGCGCUCCGUGUCCCGGGCCCGGCAGGUGGAGCUGCUGCUGGUGGCCGACGCCUCCAUGGUGCGCAAGUACGGGAAGGGGCUGCAGCACUACCUGCUCACGCUGGCCUCCAUCGCCUCCCGGCUGUACGCGCACGCCAGCCUGGAGAACCACGUGCGGCUGGCCGUGGUGAAGGUGGUGGCGCUGGGCGACAAGGAGAAGGGGCUGGAGGUCAACAGGAACGCCGCCACCACGCUCAAGAACUUCUGCAAGUGGCAGCACCAGCACAACCGCCUCGACGAUGACCACGAGGAGCACUACGACGCCGCCAUCCUCUUCACCCGCGAGGAUUUAUGUGGGCAUCAUUCCUGUGAUACCCUGGGAAUGGCAGACGUUGGGACCAUCUGCUCCCCCGAGCGCAGCUGCGCGGUGAUUGAAGACGACGGCCUCCACGCAGCCUUUACGGUGGCUCACGAAAUUGGGCACUUGCUCGGGCUUUCCCAUGACGACUCCAAGUUCUGUGAGGAGAACUUUGGCUCCAUGGAAGACAAGCGCCUGAUGUCCUCCAUUCUGACCAGCAUUGAUGCUUCAAAACCCUGGUCCAAGUGCACUUCAGCAACUAUCACAGAAUUCUUUGAUGAUGGCCAUGGGAACUGCCUGCUGGACCAGCCCAGGAAGCACAUGGUGGGCCCCGAGGAGCUGCCGGGGCAGACGUACGACGCCAUCCGGCAGUGCAAGCUGGCGUUCGGCGCCGAGUACACGGUGUGCCCCGGCAUGGACGUGUGCUCGCGCCUCUGGUGCGCCGUGGUGCGCCAGGGACAGAUGGUCUGCCUCACCAAGAAGCUGCCCGCCGUGGAGGGAACCCCCUGUGGCAAAGGGAGGAUCUGCCUCCAAGGGAAGUGCGUGGACAAAACCAAGAAGAAGUACUACUCGGCUUCAAGCCAUGGCAACUGGGGAUCCUGGGGCCCCUGGGGACAGUGCUCCCGUACCUGCGGAGGGGGAGUUCAGUUUGCCUAUCGCCACUGCAACAACCCAGCCCCCAGGAACAACGGGAGAUACUGCACGGGCAAGCGGGCCAUCUACCGCUCCUGCAACGUCACCCCCUGCCCCGCCAGCGCCAAAUCCUUCCGACAAGAGCAGUGUGAAGCAAGGAAUGGCUAUCAGUCUGAUGCAAAGGGGGUCAAGACUUUUGUGGAAUGGGUCCCCAAGUAUGCUGGAGUACUGCCUGGAGACGUCUGCAAGCUCACCUGCCGAGCCAAAGGAACCGGUUAUUAUGUGGUAUUUUCUCAGAAGGUCACCGAUGGCACGGAGUGUCGACCCUACAGCAACUCAGUCUGCGUGCGAGGGAAGUGCAUCCGAACGGGCUGCGAUGGCAUCAUCGGGUCCAAGCUCCAGUAUGACAAGUGUGGGGUGUGUGGAGGAGACAACUCCAGCUGCACAAAAGUCAUGGGAACCUUCACCAAAAAGAGCAAGGGCUACACGGACGUGGUGAAGAUCCCGGAAGGGGCGACCCACAUCAAGGUGCGGCAGUUCAAGAGCAAGGACCAGAGCAGGUUCACGGCCUACCUGGCCCUGAAGAAGAAGAACGGGGAGUACCUGGUCAACGGCAAGUACAUGAUCUCCACCUCGGAAACCAUCAUCGACAUCAACGGCACUGUCAUGAACUACAGCGGCUGGAGCCACAAGGACGACUUUCUGCACGCCAUGGGCCACUCGGCCACCAAGGAGAUCCUGAUCGUGCAGAUCCUGGCCACCGACCCCACGCAGCCCGUGGACGUGCGCUACAGCUUCUUUGUGCCAAAGAAACAGGGCCAGCUGGCGAACGCCGUCCCCGGCGGCGCCGCCGGCGGCAAAGCGACGGCGCAGGCCGCGCAGCCCCGCUGGGUGACGGGGCCGUGGCUCUCCUGCUCUCGAACGUGCGACACGGGCUGGCACACCAGGACUGUGCAGUGCAAGGACGGGCACGGCAAACUGGCCAAGGGAUGUCUGCUCUCCCAGAGACCCUCAGCGUUCAAACAGUGCUUGCUGAAGAAGUGCUAACCGGUGGCGGGGAGCUGCUUUCCGAGAGGUUUGAGUAAGCCGCUGUUGGCGUGCUGGUGGCAGGUCUGCCCACACAGACAGAAGCAAAGGCUUCAAAGUACUUGUGUUCAGUCUCUAAUUAUGGGCAGAAUCUGCCUGUUUGGACCAAAUGAAGAUGUGCACUGCUUUAAAUAACGGUAGGGUGGUCUUAAUACGUCAAAGAAAGUAAGCGUUAAAGUUGUUAUAAGCCCUCUGUGUCUGCAAAAACGUAAAAUAAAAUAAUGCAAAAGAAGAAAAAACUAGUGAAUGGAGGAUCCUGGGAUAUUUGAAGGUUACAGAAUCAUCUCCCCUUUUUCACCUACCUCUGCUACAGUUAUGUCCUUAGGAAACGUCACAUGUCCCCAUGAUCCCACAGUAGCUUAUUUUAUACUGUUUUGUAAAUAUGUUUCAGUUGGUAUAUCACUUUAUAUCACUUCCUUCUAUUAAAGAAAUCAAAAGACAAAUUACAUAAGCAAAAUGAUUGACCAAAGUAUGUCUGCAGCCCUUGUGGACUUGGUCCAUCCUUCAUAAAGGGCCACAGAUGUUUUACUGGAAAAUGAAGAGCUUGCUGCUGGUUUUAAAAAGUGAUACCUUUUGGUUUUGACAAAAGGAAAUACGUUUUCGCGAUAGGAAUUUCCUGACAGUGUAUCAUUAAUGUCUGACAAAUCCUGUGUUUCCACCCCAAAAUUCUCAGGAGGAGCCUUGCAGAGCAGGGAAGCCCCCAUUCCUCCAACAGCAGGAGCAUCAGCAGCUCCUCCUCGUGUGUGUGUCAGGCAUGCACCCAAGGAGGAGCUGGCUGCAGGAGUUUGUGUACGCUGUGCUUGUAAACCUGCCUGUUCCAGCUGUGUCACAGCCUGGGCUCCUUGUUGUCACUGAGCAAGAGCUGCUCGAGCUGCUCCUCUCCAUGAAACAAAGGCAUCCUGUGCUUUGUAGAAAACUAGUUAGAGAACCAAAACUUACAGGUGAGGUAAUCAAGUGUUUUCUAACUCAGAUAUUCUGAGGGUGUGUUCAGCUGCUUUCUCUGGUGUUUUCUCUGUGGCUUCUGCCUUGAAUUUAACAAUGUGUAAUGUACCUACAUCUUUUCAAGAGGCUCUCAAGGUCAAAAAAACACAGCAAGCAGUUAAUAUUUUAUCACUGUUUUGUCCAUCGUGUCUAACUCUGGUAUUCAUCUUACCAGCAAAAGUUUGUAACUAUUUGUCUUUUUAUUUUUAAUUGUUUUGUGUGUGUUUUGGGGUUUUUUUUUAAAGCUCUAGAAGGCAUUCAUGUUUUGUAUAUCUACCACAUUUGGGAGGAAGAGGGGUCACUAGGAAGUCAAACCACAUCAGGAUGUGGAGGACUUGUCCAAUAUCAAUAAGACUGUUUCCACAGCACAGGCAGUAGCUGGUAACAGUUUUCCUUGGCAGCAAUUCCUGAAUCCUGUUAUUGUCUUGUGGAAGUUCUGUGACUGAGGCUGGGCAUUUCACCUUGUGCAGGUGGAGGCCUGAGAGCAGCCCUGGUAAAAUUGCUCUCUUUAAUAUCUCUUUAAUAAUAGGCUUUGAAUUAGACCCUAAGAUAACAGGUACCAAAAUAAAGGGUAAAAAAGCCCACUGAUGAAAUAGACCCCAUCUUUUACUCCUUUGUUCAUCCACACAGGAGAGCAGGAGACUGCAGGAGGAUUUUCAGACAAGCCUCAGCUCUAAGUCAGUGGUACUUGAGCACUGAAACACCUCAGGCUCUUCUGAAAAUCCCAGGCAUGAAAUCAGCAGGGAAAAUUCGCUGGAGUGUGGAGCAAGAAGGGCAGGUCUGACUCCAGGCUGACACAAACAUGUUUUUGCAACUGUGGCAUGUUUGUGUGAACUCUCAAAAAUCAUGUGAUGAUUUCAAAACAGCAUAGAGUUGCUACAUCUCCAACUGUGAAAUCUGGAGAAGGAUCUGGUUUUUUACCCUGUUUUAAAUAAACAGUACCAAGGGCAGGGCCUCCUCCUCUGUUAAAUGGAUUGCCAACAAAUGUUAUUAAUCAGCUUUCAAAAAUGGUGUGGCCUUCUGUUCAGGAGUAGAUCCUGUGCAAAACUGUGCAUCUUGAGGAAUACUCCCCAUUUAUUCUUGAUCCCAAUUGUAAGAACUGGUAUCAAGGCUCAGAUGAUUUGCACAGUGCUGGAAAGUAAACAUUUAUGCCUCCUCUGCCUGUUAAAAUAAGAUCACUUUGAAAUGCCUUAUUUUUCCUUCCAAGUAAUCUAAUUUUGAUGCUUAUAUGUGUAUUACACAUGUCCUAGGACCUCUCCAAAACGUCCAUAACAGAUAGAAACCAUUGUGAGAGGAAAGAGAUCAGGAGAUUGCAUGUGUCUCAGCAUAGACAGCAUUUGUCUCAGCAUACAGCUGCUGCAUUAAGUGGUGUUUGUGUUCUGUCAUCGUGGAGACAGAACGUGCAAGUAUUUGUGUUUGCAUCAUGGUAAUAAUUUAUUGUAUAUUCAGCAGGCUGAGUAAAGCUUUUGGAUGCUAUCUAGGCAUGCCAUAUGCGGGUAUAAAUUCAGAGCUUCUUUAGAUCACAAAUAUCUUCUAAAAAUGAAAGAGUUUACUUAGAAAUAAAUCCGAGAACAAACCACUGCAGUGAUUUUCACCAGUGUAGCAACGAAGCAAAUUCACAUGGCAAAGAUGUGAGGAGGCAAAGGGGACAGACCAAGGCAGGACCUGAAAAAUGUCAGGUAGAGGGUGAGCCAACACUUGCUUUUUCAGGUGUUCCCAAAUCAGAGUCCAGUUCCAAACCUUGCCUGUGGCAAGGCUGUCCCACUUUCCUGAUGAGUGAAGAAUUGGUGCAAGGUCUGCUCUCAGCUGAAUCCCGUGUCGCUCACACUGUGACAUCAUUGUUUACAUUUCUGCCCAGUGUUGCACAGCUGGAUUCAUGAAAUGCACCAAGGGGAUGGAAACCUGGAAUUGUGCUCUUGGCACAGCCAGGAACCAUCUCAGUGUUAAAUUCACUCUGACUUUGAGACACGCUCCCUUAGGUGAAUUUGGAGCCCAGAGCAUCAGUGGGGUUUACAGCAUCUGCUUUGCAAGUAGGAUAUUCUCAUUAGGAAAAAGCCUGGCAUCUUUGGUUUGACUGUGUACAAGAAAUUAAGUUCAGCUGCCCUCCUGUGGAAACAGUUUUAUCACAAGGGGAAGAGGGAAUAAUCUUGUGGAUUAAUAACAACUGUUUAAAAAAAAAAAAAAAGCAACACAGCACUGAAAAAAAUAAAAUAAUUUAUUGUUUUUACAACUGGUAUGUGAACGGAUGUAAUGAAUUUAUUUAUUCUUAUUUAACAAAAUACCAAUUGUGCAAAUUCUAUAUUUAAAAUGUUUUGCUGUCGUCUCUGUCUCUCUUUCUGGCUCUUUUAAUUUAUGCUUCGGGUGUGUGUUGAAAGUACACCUUGUGAGUUUACAUAAUAUAUGGCACUGGUCAUUUUUUGUAUGAUUUUAUUUAGAAGACUUUCUGCAUGUAUGGGUAUACACACAUGUGUAGAUGUAUAUUCUUUUUCUGCUGCCACCUUUUCCUUCGAGAAGUUGUAGCUUUUUAAUUUGAUGACACCUCAUGCUCCAAGCUCCUUGGUACACUUCAAAAAGCUCUCAACAAGCAAGUCCCAAAGGUCUGCGGGCCAAAAAAGCCCUGUAGUGGCUCCUGAAGAAUUCAGAAAACAGAUUGGUGUCUCAAAGGCACGUGCAGUUCAUGCUGGAGGCCUCAGCGAUUGACCCCCAAAGCUGAUCCUACCCCUUGCUUAAAUUGUAGCAGAAUUUCGGUAACUGGAGUCCUUUCCAUGGGAGUGAAGUUCCCCUGAGUUGCCAGCACUCUUCUCUCAUGCAGCUUCUUAUGUUUAAGUGACAACACUAAAGAGGAAGCUCCUGGGUGUCUCUGUAAAAUAGCUUGAUAAACAUAUGAUUUGGUUUAUGAGGACUGAACCAUUAAAAAAGCUGUUUUUUUCUAUGUUA